UCUCUGUUUCCCAUCCCUCCUUAAUGCAGACAACAUGGCGGACUAAAAGAUACGGCUGACCCGCCCGGAUACAGCGAAUAAACAGUGGGAUUCACGCCCCCUAUGCUCAAGGAAGACGGAGAGACACCAAUUCGUUAGGAACACCCUCGGGAACAUUGAGGAAUUUUUGGGACCGUUCUAGUCAUUCGUUAACAUAAACAAACUUGCGAUCUGUUGCCUCCAAAUUGGCGGUCUGUCCCAGAUCGUUCAUAUCACCCAGGCCCCCCACCCCACAUACACACACUAUUGGUUCCUGGGGUGUGAAGAGAGGGGCCGGGGUUAAGAACGUGGAAAAAGGAAGAAAGGAAUUGCACAACUGUAAAUAUUCAGGAUUGUGCAAAACCAAACGGAAGUCGUGGACCACACUGUGCGAAUGAGUGAUUGAUGCCAAAUUCGCUCCUUAAGGGCAGUAUGGGUGUGUGUCCCCUGCUCCUGCUGCUCAGUGUGGCCCUCGGGGUCUCCGUCUCAGCCCAGGGACCAUCUCUCAACCCCACAGAAGGUCCAGUAUCCACUGCCAAACCCACGGAUUCUCCAGCCACCACCCUCCACAAUGUUCCAGUGGCAACAACCACCGCCCCUCCAACAACCGCAACCCCCACGGCUGCCGUAACGACCCUGACAACAACCAGCACCGCAGAGGGGAACAUAUUGACUGCAGGCCCCAGUGUCACCCAGGCGCCCAUCCCCCCUCCACCACCCCCUGGCCCAACCAUAGCCCCCCAAGUCCCCACGGGUCCAACCACCGCCCCGCAACCACCCCCUGCUCCGACCACAGUCAGUCGGGGAGGAGAGAAUGGGACCACUCCCUCUGCUCCGGACAGUCACACAGAUCCCUCGCUGGAGACCGCCACAGAACCUACGGUGGAAGCCACGUCGCCCGACACGACUAGUGACACUACUACAGGUGGUGGAGAUGAUGACACAGACCAAAAUACGCAAUCAGAUGACACGCCCAUCAUUGCGGUGAUGGUGGCUCUGUCAUCCCUGCUCGUCAUCGUCUUCAUCAUCAUCAUCCUCUAUAUGCUCAGGUUUAAGAAGUACAAGCAGGCCGGCAGCCAUUCCAACUCUUUCAGGCUGACCAACGGUAGAUCAGAUGAUACAGAGCUCCAGAGUGUGCCGCUAUUGGCCCGCUCGCCUAGCACCAACAGGAAGUACCCACCCCUUGUUGUUGACAAGCUGGAGGAGGAUAUGAAUCGUCGCAUGGCUGAUGACAACAAGCUCUUCCGGGAGGAGUUCAAUGCGCUGCCGGUGUGCCCCAUCCAGGCGUCAUGCGACGCGGCCUCUAAGGAGGAGAACAAGGAGAAGAACCGAUACGUCAACAUCCUGCCGUAUGACCACUCCAGGGUGCAUCUGUCGUCUCUAGAGGGAGUUCCAGACUCUGACUUCAUCAACGCGUCCUUCAUCAACGGUUACCAAGAGAAGAACAAGUUCAUUGCAGCUCAAGGGCCAAAGGAGGAGACGGUAAACGACUUCUGGAGAAUGAUCUGGGAACAGAACACAGCCACCAUCGUGAUGGUGACCAACCUGAAGGAGAGAAAAGAGAAAUCCAUACAGCGGCAAUCUCUCUGUGUGUCUCAGUGUAAGUGUGCCCAGUACUGGCCGGACCAGGGCUGCUGGACCUACGGCAACAUCCGGGUCUCUGUGGAAGACAUGAUGGUGCUGGUGGACUACACCAUCCGCAAGUUUUGCAUCCAACAGGUGGGGGAUGUGGGGGGUAAGAAGCCCCAGCGGCUGGUGACCCAGUUCCACUUCACCAGCUGGCCAGACUUUGGUGUUCCCUUCACACCCAUCGGCAUGCUUAAGUUCCUCAAGAAAGUCAAGACCUGCAAUCCCCAGUACUCCGGCCCCAUCGUGGUCCACUGCAGUGCGGGGGUGGGGAGGACAGGUACCUUCAUAGUGAUAGACGCCAUGUUGGAUAUGAUGAACACCGAGAGGAAGGUGGACGUCUUUGGCUUCGUCACGCGCAUCAGAGCCCAGCGCUGCCAAAUGGUCCAGACCGACAUGCAAUACGUGUUCAUCUUCCAGGCCAUGCUGGAGCACUACCUGUACGGAGACACAGAGCUGGAGGUGACCUCCCUGGAGUCCCACCUGGCCAAGCUCUACGCCCCCUCCGCCGCCGGGUGUGGGGGCAUGGAAGCCGAGUUCAAGAAGCUGACCUCCAUCAAGAUCCAGAACGACAAGAUGAGGACGGGCAACCUGCCGGCAAACAUGAAGAAGAACCGAGUUCUCCAGAUCAUCCCAUAUGAGUUCAACAGAGUGAUCAUUCCAGUCAAGAGAGGGGAGGAGAGCACGGAUUAUGUCAACGCUUCCUUCAUCGAUGGCUACCGUCAGAAGGACUCGUACAUCGCCAGUCAGGGCCCGCUGCAGCACACCAUCGAAGACUUCUGGAGGAUGAUCUGGGAGUGGAGGAGCUGCUCCAUAGUCAUGCUCACUGAGCUGGAGGAGAGAGGACAGGAAAAGUGUGCUCAGUAUUGGCCCAGUGAUGGGGUGAUGGUGUGUGGUGAACUCUCCAUCGAGCUGAAGAGGGAGGAGGAGAGUGAGAGCUACACUGUUAGAGACCUCCUGGUCACCAACAACCGGGAGAACAAGGCUCGUGCGGUGAGGCAGUUCCAUUUUCAUGGCUGGCCGGAGGUGGGCAUCCCCAGCGACGGGAAGGGGAUGAUCAACAUCAUCGCUGCGGUCCAGAAGCAGCAGCAACAAUCUGGCAACCACCCCAUCACUGUCCACUGCAGUGCGGGCGCGGGGCGGACGGGGACCUUCUGUGCCCUGAGCACGGUCCUGGAGCGGGUGAAGGCUGAGGCCAUCCUGGACGUCUUUCAGACUGUCAAGAGCCUCCGGCUGCAGAGGCCCCACAUGGUGCAGACACUGGAGCAGUACGAGUUCUGCUACAAAGUGGUCCAGGAGUAUAUCGAUGCCUUUUCUGACUACGCCAACUUCAAGUAGGGACCCACACAGGGGACGGACAUCCAUACACAGUCAUAAACACACACCAAACCCACACGUACCCGACGGAAAGAAACAAACUGUUCACGGCUUAGAUGACUGGGCAGCCUGCGUGCACAGAGGAAAAGGGAAUUGAAGUUUUUUUUGACAGAGCCAAGUGCAGCACUGCAGUGUACCGGAGGGAGUGAAUAUCAGAGAUGCCUUCUUGAAUAUUUUGUAAUAUUGAGCUUGUUAAUACGGCCCCUUGUCCCUAUCCCCCCCCCCCCCCCCCCCCCACAUCCAGACACUCCCCAAAACACCCAAUGUACAUAUACUGUACUUACCCUGUCACAUUUGGGGGUUUUGUUUUUAGGUCAAGUUCAAGUUUGGCUGCAUUUUUAGGGUGACAUAAUGGGUUUCAUGGGUAUGUGUGUAUAUAGACCUGCCAGUCAAAAGUUUGUACACACCUACUCAUUCAAGGGUUUUUCUUUAUUUGUACUAUUUUCUACAUUGUAGAAUAAUAGUGAAGACACAAACUAUGAAUUAACACAUAUGAAAUCAUGUAGUAACCAAAAAAGUGUUAAACAAAUAAAAAUAUAUGGUAUAUUUUAGAUUCUUCAAAGUAGCCAUCCUUUACCUUGAUGACAGCUUUGCAAACUCUUGGUGUUGUCUUAACCUGGAAUGCUUUUCCAACAGUCUUGAAGGAGUGCCCACAUAUGCUGAGUGCUUGUUGGCUGCUUUUCCUUCAAUCUGCGGUCCAACUCCUCCCAAACCAUCUCAAUUGUGUUGAGGUCAGGUGAUUGUGGAGGCCAGGUCAUCUGAUGCAGCACUCCAUCACUCUCAUUAUUGGUCAAAUAGCCCUUACACAGCCUGGAGGUGUGUGAGGUCAUUGUCCUGUUGAAAAACAAAUGAUAGUCUCACUAAGCGCAAACCAGAUGGGAUGGCGUAUCACUGCAGAAGGCUGGUUAAGUGUGCCUUGAAUUCUAAAGAAAUCACUGACAGUGUCACCAGCAAAGCACCAUCACACCUCCUCCUCCAUGCUUCACGGUGGGAACCACACAUGCAGAGAUCAUCCGUUCACCUACUCUGCAUCUCACAAAGACAUGGCGGUUGGAACCAAAAAUCGCACAUUUGGACUCAUCAGACCAAGGGACAAACUUCCACCGGUCUAAUGUCCAUUGCUCGUGUUUCUUGGCCCAAGCAAGUCUUCUUCUUAUUAGUGUCCUUUAGAGGUGGGUUCUUUGCAGCAAUUCGACCAUGAAGGGCUGACUCAUGCAGUCUCCUCUGAAGAGUUGAUGUUAUGAUGUGUCUGUUACAUGAACUCUGAAGCAUUUAUUAUUGCUGCAAUCUGAGGCUUGUAACUCAUGAACUUAUCCUCUGCAGCAGAGGUAACUGGGUUUUCCUUUCCUGUGGCGGUCCUCAUGAGAGCCAGUUUCAUCAUAGCGCUUCAUGGAUUUUGCAACUGUACUUGAAGAAAGUGUCAAAGUCUGUCGUUUCUCUUUGCUUAUUUGAGCUGUUCUUGUCCUGAUAUGGACUUGGUCUUUUAUUAUACUACUCUUACCUUGUCACAACACAACUGAUUAGCUCAAAUGCAAAAGAAAUUCCACAAAUUAACUUGACAUGUCACACCUGUUAAUUGAAAUACAUACCAGGUGACUCCAUCAUGAAGCUGGUUGAGAGAAUGCCAAGAGUGUGCAAAGCUGUCAAGGCAAAGGGUGGCUACUUUGAAGAAUCUAAAAUAUGAAAUAGAUUUUGAUUUGUUAAACACUUUUUUUGGUUACUACAUGUUUCCAUAUGUGUUCUUUCAUAGUUAUGAUGGCUUCACUAUUAUUCUACAGUGUAGAAAAUUGUAAAAAUCAAGAAAAACCCUUGAAUGAGUAGGUGUGUCUGAAAUUUUGACUGGUACUGUAUAUAAAUCAUACUCUUUAGAGGUGUGUGUCAAAUCGAGAGUCGAGGAAAUGGUGUUUGGGUUUUCUUUGUGUUCUCUUUUUUGUUUUUUGCGGUUGAGUGACUUGAGACUUACGUUGUUGAUGGCUUUAUCUGAUUCAGGCUGAAGCUAAAAGCUGAUAGAUCUUCCUUAGAGGAAUGGAUUUACACAGCCAAUCAGAAUUCAUCUGUACGUAUGCACACGCACAGACACACACACAAACACGUUACAGCUGGCCAGGAGCACUUCCAGAAUUGGCCUAGCCAAUCACAUGAUCUAAACUCUUUCCAUUAGUUUUCCUUUGAGUUCAAAGUUCACAGUUCAUACAGAGGUCAAGGAGCCAUGGCAUUAGCUAAACCCACCUUUACACAAGAGCAUAGCACCACAGAGCCAAUGAUUUAUCAGGGCACAAUCACACUGUAUGUGUGUGUUUAAAAGGGAGCCGUGUGCCAAACAGUCUCUUCAGAUGAAGGGUGAAGUUGCACCUAGACGCUGUUCUUGGGUCAGUUUUGCGUUUCCCCCAUUCAUAGUUAAGCAUAGGAUUUGGGGAGGGCGAGCUGAUCCCAGAUCUAAACCUAGGGGCCACUUUUCCUCCCAGGAGCGUCUCCAUCUGCGAGCCAGGCCCAGGCCGUCGCAAGCCACAUCUCUCACACACAGUCCAAGACAUUGUGGCUUUGCUGCGUUUGUGUUCAAGGACAUAGAAAACAAUUAUGGUUUAGGUGUACCUGCACAUGCUUGCCGUCACAGUGGAUUCUGUGUGUGUAGAACGUUUAUGGAAUUUGAAGUUGCCCAUACCGAAAAUAAAUUGAAUAUCAAACGUCAGAUAUAUUUAAAUGUAAUGGGCGUGUUGAAGAUUUGGCCAACAAUGCAUUCAAAAUAGCCUAUGCAUAAUGAUAAUGAGUAGGAGGCUCGAAUGUUGCCAUAAUACAAUGAUUAUUUCAGAAUUUCCAUUUAGAAAACUACAUAGAUUAUGGGUCAAAUAAACUAACAAUGCAAUUAUUUUGUAAUGUCAUGGAGAUUCUCAUGUAUUCAUAUAUUUAAUUGCUUACAAUUAGAAUGGGGGAAGACAUUUCCUAUCUAUUAUUUACGUAUCAUUCCAUUUACUUGUACUCCAUUGCAGAUAUUUAUUUUCGGUAUAGGUUGUUUGAGAAGAUGGCGUCAAAAUGUGAAGACAUCCCUCUCUGUUUUUCAACUGGGGCCUGUCCAGGAUGGUGAAAUGUUAUAGAACGUUCCGAUUAGAAAUGUAUUGUGUAGAACAUAUUUGAUUGUUUGUCAUAUGUAAUAGAGAUUUGUCUGCUCUAUUCAAUAUAUUUCUAUCUGCAACAUUUAGAACGUUUCACCAUCUGUUGUGGCACCUCAAUACUGUGCUGUUAGUGUUUUUAUGACUAAUACUGAGCAAUGUUUUAUACUUUAAUGCUGUUGCUUUGAUACUCCCACCCCAAAUGAUUGCUUUGUUACUUUUUGUUGAAACGUGUGACAUGGGAUGUUUGCAGUGAUUUUUUUAUUUUUUUAUGUUAAACAAAAUGGCUACCUACAAGGGCUUGGCUAGAAACACACGCUCUGGGUUUGUGGAUGAGGCCGCCGUCUUUAGUUGCGAUUUGUAAUGAAAUAUAAAUGAUGUCAAUUAGCUAGCAACAAGUUCGAGGUCAAUUCCAUCUCAUCUCAGUCAACUCAGGAAAUGACUUGAAAUUGCCAGUUGUUGGGGGGGGGGGGGGUUUCCCGUACAGGUUCUCUCAAUGUAUGAAUAGAAUUUCAAUUUGUCUACUUAGUUGGUUGAGUGCAAAUGGAAUUGCCUCUGGUCCAUUAGCCAAUCACAGCUACCAAUUGGCCCCAAAGGAUUGUAGUAAACAGUAAUAGUGUGUAGGGUGCAGGUCAUAUGAUUCCCACCCCCUUCCCAUGAACCAAGGUGUCAACCCUGGUAUGAGUGAAUGAGUAACCGACAUGAGGUUUUUAGCUGUCAAUUGUGAUCAGGGAUUAUUGGUCAAUUGUGAGAGCUGCCAUUUUGAUCCUAGUUUCUCCAUUGGUCUGUGGAGUUGUCAGGUAUGCUAGAGAGCCAUGAAGAUCUGCCAAGCCUAGUCGAUACCAAACUCAUUCUCUUCUAUGCAGAUGGCUCUAUUUGUCCCAUCAUAGAGGUCUCAGCAUUGUUUUUGUCAUUAGGACAGCCAGCAGUGUGUAGACAAACGCUUGCACCGUGCACAACCCCCACUGUUCAGUAGUUGGAAUAGAUCGGUUUGACUUCUCCCUUUUUAUAAUAUAUUUUUAUAGAGCAGAAAGGAAGGAGCACAAUCCAACUCUGUCAAUGUGUUCGGAUCAUUGAAUUAGAAAGAGUACCUACAAAUUCUGCACACAAAAAAAAAACGCACCAUUUAUUGAGAAAUUGUUGGAGUUAUUGUCGGUUUGUUCAAAAAGCUUGUGCUAGUUGCACCAAAAAAAUGCCCUUGAAAUGACUAACCAAUGAUACAAUGGCCAGAUGGGUAACAUGGCCCUUUUAGAUAGGCAAUUACUUGAUGUCAACUAGGGUUGCGAUUUGUUUUAUUAUCCUGUUUUGAAGAAUUCCAGUUUGGAGGAUUGCCGUGCUGCUUUAUUCCCUUCUGAUUCCAGAAAUCCUCCAAGACUUUUUAAGAAUAUUUUUGAGGAAUUUUGCAACCCUAAUGUCAACGUUGGAGAGGCCUUAUAAAAGCCUCUGGUUAUGGCCUCUAGUUAGGCCUCUAGUUCUGACCGGGAAACCUAGGUUAAACCAUGGGACAGAAAUAGCUAGGUAGAGAUCUUCAAACUGGAUGUCUCAUUUGGACCAGUCACUUAAACUGUCACCGUCAUUUCAGACCACGUUCUACCCAAGUGCCCAUGGGUUACAAUUGGUUACCUUUUGUUUUACUUCGUGGAUGUUUUGAGUGUGUUGGAUCUUUGUAAUCAUCAGGGUGGGUGUUUUGUGUGCUUGACGAGGAGGGAGGGUUUUACUCUUCUUUUGAGCCAGAAAGUUUGCGGUUUCUAUCCACCUUGCUUCCAUGCUAUGGCUCUGUCUGUCAUUGGCUGUGUCUGAAUGUUUAGCCAAAUGUAAGAAUCCCCUUUUCCCAAUGACAUUGUGCCAACACCCAACCCUGUUGACUUAAAGCGUCACUCCAGGAAGUGCCUCACAGGUCGAUUUUAUAUGGUAAAUGUUCACUGCACCUCUCCCUCAGUGAGUUGGUCGAGUGUUGGUGUAUAGAAGCUUGGUAAACCAGUAUCACCUUACAGAUUAGUACAUAUAUUUGCCCCCUUCCCACUAUCUCUGAGCCAUCGUAUAGAACUUUGUCAACAAAGCCUCUUGGCUUUGUAACUCUGAGAGCAGGAUUAGGGCCUUUUUAUUCUUCUGUUCAUGCUCAACCAGCUUCGAGCUGACAAGGUAAAAAUGUGUCGCUCUGUCCCCGGAGCAAGGCACUGUUGCCCGGGCACCGAAGACGUGGAUGCCGUUUUUAAGGCAGCCCUCCGCACCUCUCUGAUUUCAGAGAGGUUGGGUUAAAUGCGGAAGACCCAUUUCAGUUGAAUACAUUUAGUUGGACAACUGACUAGGUAUCCCCCUUUCCAUUUCAUGCUGUAACGCCUGGUUCCAUUCCAAUUCAUAGCCAUUCCAUUGUUUUGUGUUCCGGCUACGUCUUCACUCCAUGUCACUGAAGUGCUGGACCUUUGACUAUUCCUUCUUUAUGGCCCCUCGUUGAGUCCUCCACCUAACCAAAUAUAGUUGGUAUAAUACAUUGCCCUGAGUUACUGCAAUCACAAAGACAUAGUUUACUGGUUAUUACAGAGGACAGCCUAGCGUGUCUGGGUCCUUGUUCCAUACCAUCUGCUAGCUGCAGAUUGAAAUGUGACGCUAUGCCCCAGUAGAGCAUUUUGAAUAUCCCUGUCUGAGUAACAGGGCACACCUUUCUCCAGAGACAGUGAACGACAGUGAAAUAAACAGAGUGGGACUUCAUAGGUUUCAACCAGUCUCUCCCACCCCUAAACCUGUCUCUCCUCUGAGCCCAUUUAGCUGUCCCUUUUGAGAUGCCCAAAGUUGUCUCGCUCUUUCUCUUAACUCCUAUCCUCUCUUUCUCCUUCCGCCGCCUUCUCGUUCUCUUUGCCCCCUUGGGCCGGUUUUGUCUCCCUUAUAACCGGUCAUUGUCCCACUCCCUUCUGUACAUAAUGUAGGGUUAUUUAUAUUUCAUUCCUCUCUGCUGCCUUGCUUUUUAUUUUAUUUUGAUCAUUUUUUAAGAAUCUAUAUUAAAACUGUACUGGGACCAUUUUGAAAUGUAUUUUUUGUUUUGGCUAUUUUUAAUUUGUAUUAUUAUUGUCUUAAAAUCAUUUUUAAUUUGCGUUUGUUUCAUUUUAUAGUGUUUUGUUAUUCAAAAAUUUGAAUAUGUGUGUAUAUAUAAUUAUAUAUAUGAUAAAAUUAUAUAUAAUUAUAUAAUGCCAAAUGGCCUUUCAAAGCAAGAUACUGUUCAAACCUAAAUAAAGUGCUUGAGAUUG